UCCUGUGAUAACAUUGUCAAUACGUUUAAUGUUUAAAUGUUAUACAAUAAACUGUAAUACUAUAAUAUAACGUGAAUCACAAAGUAAUAUGCUAAACGCAAGGUUUAUAAUAUGUAAGAAUAAUAUACACUGGAAAAAUUAUAUUGAAUGAUUGUUUAGAAAAUUUAGAAUAUCGAUUGAAGUAUUUAUAUUAUACUAUUUGCAUAGACCUUAUACUAGUAUAAGGUCUAUGACUAUUUGACAUCCGUGAUACUUUUUAACAGUAGUUAUCACAAUAUUGAUUUUUUUUAUCAAAUUGGCGCAAUUGUAUCACAUUGUAUUUAACAUAUUCUGCGAUUGUAUUCUCAACAUUCACUAAUAAUAAAUUUUCGUUUGCAAAGUAGGUACUUAUUAUGUUAUAAGUAACAUUGACUAUAGUAUUUAAAGUAAUAUUAACAUUAAUUACAAAAUUGUAAUUUCUUAAUAUUAAUUGCCAAUGAUAAUUGAUAAAUAUUAAAUUUAAUAUUGUUUAAUACUUAUCUCGAUUUUUACAUUAAAAUAUCCAUAUUAGAUAAUACUAUAUUAGUAUAUCUACCAAUAAUAAAUCAACUGUUGGUGUUCGUCUUUUAAUUUUGGUAAUAGUAAAUAUUAAUAAUAAUAGUAGUUAGUAACAUAGAUUAAAGGUAAGUAAGUACCUAGUAAUUACUUAUCCAAAAGUCUGAAUUGUGCUCCAUAACAAUGCCUGAGAAUUACGGUUGUGAUCAUUGUGAAAAAACAUUCACGAAUCGUCGACAUUAUGAUCUGCAUGUUGACGGUCAUUUACGGAACAUUUGUCGUGUUUGUGGAUUAUCUUGCAACAGCCGUAAAAUGUUGGUCACUCAUAUGUCUACAACCCAUGGAUCUAAAUUGGACCCAAUUGUGUUGGAUUGUAAGUACUGUAUGAAAACGUUUGUUCAAAAACGCUCACUGCACUUGCAUUACAAGACUGUACACAAAAACACGGGUACUAUAUGUCUCGAUUGCGGACAGCCAUUUGAUAGCAAACAAGAACUUGCUGAUCAUGUAAAAACAAUUAAGCAUGGUGACGGUUUCAUAUGUCAUAAGUGUGGGGAAGUUUUUACCCGAAACCAACAGUAUAAAUUACAUUUACAAAGGCACGAUGCAUACUGUUGCUUCAAUUGCAAUGCACAAUUUGCAAAUUCCAAAAAGUUGAACAAACAUUUGAAAUUGUGUAUUUCAAUACCACCGAUCGACAACUAUUCUAAAAAUAAACAGUCAACCACAGGUGUUGUUUAUGAAUGUAUCGAGUGUAAAAAGUCGUUUGAGAAAAAAAAAUAUUAUAAACGCCAUAUGAAAACGGUAAUUCACUCAACUAAUAAAGCUGAUAAUCCAUUUUAUUGUGCUCAUUGUCCUAGAAUAUUUUAUUAUAAAUUUAAUCUGGCAUCACACAUGAAACAAGUACAUUUUAAACAAUACAAUAAUUAUAUUUGUAAUUUGUGUGGACGGAGUUUUCAGUAUGCGAACAAUUAUAAAAGGCACAAAGAUUCGCAUAUGCAAGUUAGAAAUUAUGUUUGUGAACACUGUGGUGCUUGUUUUUAUCGUAAACAGGCUUUGCAAGACCAUCAAAUUGCUAUACACAAUGAAGAAAAGAAUUUUGUUUGCAAUGUAUGUGGUGAUAAUUUUAAAUUAAAAUCCAUUUUAACAAGGCAUAUGAAAAAUCAUUCUGAAACCAAAAAAUAUGUGUGUCAUUGUAAACGUAUAUUUAAAUUUGCAUCAAAUUUACGUCGUCAUCAAAUCAACAUUCACAAUCAAGUAUUUACUGACUCUAUCAAAAUAAAACGCUUUGUGGAAGAUAUUAGCCGUUCGUCUCCAUUGGCAGUCAUGAAUGAAGAAAAAGAAAUACAGAGGUUGAAACAAAAAAAUAUCAACCACCUUAGAUUAGAAGACACUGUAUCAUAUUCAUUAAUGGCGUAUCCUGAUAACUUAGAUUUAAGUAGUGUCGAUAUAGCAGAAAGUGUACUUCAAGUAGCCUCAGCAUCAAAUUAUAAGAUAGAAUGUGAAGAAAAUUCAUGUUUUCCUGGAAUUCAUCCUCCUAUUGAAACAUCUCUAGUAUGUAGCUUAAAUGAUGGUGUAGAUUUGUCUCCUAAUUCUUCACAGCAAUACUUAUCUGAUUAUGAUGUUCCUCAUCAGUUUCCAUUUCUGAAUAUUUGAAUUAGUUCAAUGUCACAAAAUUGCAUUUAAGGAUGUUAAUUAAUCAUAAAACAAUUUUUUUAUAAUUCAUAAAGAUUAUUGUAAAAAUAUUACCAAUAUUAGAGUAUUAAACUGAGAAUUACUUUCUAGUCUACUGGAAUUGUUAUGUAUAGUGUAAAAAUCAUGUUCAUAUUUCCAAGAAAUAUCUAACAAAUUUAGUUUUAUUUGAAAAACAUCAUUAUUUAUUAUAAAAAUGAAAAAGAACAAAGAUUUUAAUUUUUGUAGCAACCACAGAAUCACUAACAUUAUUUUCUAAUCACUUAAAAUAUGUUCACAUGUCAGUCAUAUUUUUAUAAUUAAUUAUAAGCAUUUAUUAAUAUCAGGAAUAUAAUUUGUUAAAUUUGAACAUUUUAAUAAAAUACAAUCAGCUUUUUUAGUUUCUAAAAUUUGUAAUUAUUUUUCAAAAUAAGAAAUAUAUCUGAAAGUCAGUUCCAAACUUUCAAUAAUUUAUUAUAAUAGAAUAGUCAGCCAAUAAUAUGUCUUUUUUUUUUUGAAAUUUAAAACCUAAAACUGUGUACACUUCUAUUAUACAGAGAAUUUGGGCUUAUUUUUCUAGUGAACAAAAUAAAAUACUAUUUUUUGGAAAUAUGAACCCAAAUAUAAUAAACAAGUAUGCAAAUAAAAGCAACAAAUUAAACAACCUCCUAAAAAUGUGUAUUAUGUGUAUUAAAUUAGUGAAUUGUAUUUAAUUAAUAAUAAUAUAAGUAUUAGUAAAUUGAUAAACAAGGUUGUUAUAACUUAAAUUUGUAUUUUGUUUUAUACUAAAAUUAACUUUAUUUUUUAAGAAUCUGUAUUCUUUAGUUUAAACAAAGAUUUGUAUUAAUAUUUAAUUUUUGUCAGUGGUCUCUAAUGGUUUCAGCCAUUUUUUGACCAAGGGCUACUGUUUUAUAUUCAUAUUGUUCACUACCUAUUAAAGAUAUAUUGUAGGUAUAUAUUUUAUUAUUAUUUAAUGCUAAAUAAUUGUAUUGUUAAAAGUUUAUUAAAAUGAGUAUGCAAUUCAUAAAAACUACAGUUAAUAAUUUAAAAUGUUCUCAUUAAUUAACAGUUUAUAAGUUCAUAAGAUCAUUGUACAGAUAUCUACUGAAACGAUGCUCAUUUUUAUGAAGUAAGGUAUACAAUUUUAAUUUUUUUAACCAAAAUAAAUAGUCUUUUAUAAUUGUCAAGAA